CAAAGCAUCUUACAACCUGGGCUUGCAAGAAUUCCUCUUCUUGAAGAGAAUCCGAUUCUCCGAAACCUCUAUUUACUCGCCCUACUCUCUCUUCCCUAAAGUGCACUCAACAAACCUCUCUCUCUCUCUCUCUCUCUCUCUCUCUCUCUCUCUCACAAACAUAUCCUCGGAGAAAAAAUGGCUAUGGUGUUGGUGAUUUCGCUGCCUUUUAUUUUCUUCUGCCUACUGCUUGGUUUCGGGUGUUACUUCUUGGGAAGAGCCAAAGGGAGAAAGGACGUCCGUACAAAUGCUCAGGUUUAUGGGGUACCAACUCCGCCACCAGGAAGUGCAGGCACAGCUAAAUUUUACCCCUCACCUUCUCCAACUCACCACUCCAAGCCCGACAACUCUACCAUUGUUUGACUCCCUCCACCAUGGUUCGGCACCUUUCAGUCUCAUGAUCCCAUGCACAAACAGUACUCUUGAGUGUUUCUUUCUACUUUCUUUGCUAUUUGGGGAGGGCGAACAAUUCUUUUGAUGUUUGAUAAUAUUUGUUUUAUAUAUACUUUCGGUAUUCAAAGCUUUGUUGGUUUGGAAUGGUAGACAUUGGUUGUAAUUGGAGUUUAAUAAAAAAGCAUAUGGCUUCACUUUGUCCCCUAAA